GGCCACCGGACCGGGCUGCAGAUGCCGGCAAGCAUUCCAGCGCUCCCAGAACAUGUGGAAGUUGAGCGAGGAGGCGCUGGGAUUGCCGAGGGAAGCAGCGGGGAGGAAAAGCAGGAGGCUGGCUGCUCCUGCUCCCUAGCACGGCUAUGAGCCCCCCGCAGCAUGGGCAGUGCAUCAAGAACCCCUCCCCCUGCUGUGACCACCCCAUGAGUGAAGAGACCCGGCCAGGAUGGAGAGCAACGUGUCCUCAGAGAACUGUUCCGACCCCCAGAUGUCCUUCCAGUCCACCCUCUACGCCACCACCUACACCCUCAUCUUCAUCCCGGGGCUCCUGGCCAACAGCGCUGCCCUGUGGGUCCUGUGCCGCUUCCUCAGCAGGAAGAGCAAAGCCGUCAUCUUCAUGAUCAACCUGGCCGUGGCCGACCUGGCCCACGUCCUCUCACUGCCCCUGCGCACCUACUACUACAUCAACCACACCUGGCCCUUCGGGAGCUUCCUGUGCCAGGUGUGCUUCUACCUGAAGUACCUCAACAUGUACGCCAGCAUCUGCUUCCUCAGCUGCAUCAGCAUCCAGCGGUACCUGUUCCUGCUGCACCCCUUCCGCGCCAAGGGCUGGAAGCGCCGCUACGACGUGGCCAUCAGCGCCCUGGUCUGGCUCUUGGUGGGGGCUGCCUGCCUGCCCCUCAUCAUCGUCAGGAGCCCAGCCCUGUCCAACUCCAUCAACAGCUGCUUCUCGGACCUGGGCGUGAAGCAGCUCAGCCCGGGGGCCGCCAUCGCGCUGGUGACGGUGGCGGAGCUGUUCGGCUUCGUCAUCCCCUUCGGCACCAUCGCCUGGUGCACGUGGAGGAUGUGGCACUCCCUGCGGGAGGGCCCCACGGCGCUGCAGGACGCCGGCGAGAAGCGGAAGGCCCUGAGGAUGGUCCUCAUGUGCGCCGCCGUCUUCUUCAUCUGCUUCACGCCCUACCACAUCAACUUCCCCUUCUUCAUGAUGGUGAUCGAGAACGUCAUCCGGGACUGCGCCGUGCACCGGAGCACGCUGCGCUUCCACCCCAUCUCCCUGUGCCUGGCCAGCCUCAACUGCUGCCUGGACCCCGUCCUCUACUACUUCAUGACCUCCGAGUUCCAGGCGCAGCUGCUGCGCCACGGCUGCGUGGCCCUGAGAGCGCGGCUCCCGCCCCGCCGCGGCAGCGCCUCCGGCACCGACACUGCCCACGACAUCCGCCUCAGGAAGAGGAAUCUCCCUCGCCUCAAGUUCUGGUCUCUUCCCAAGUUCUUUGGCCAAAUAAACAGUAUGGACAUCCCCACCGUGCCACCUGAUGAGCUGCUGCUGGAGUCCAUCUCGUGA